AUGCGCGGCGCUGAGGGCGGCGGGAUGGCGCUGUGGCGGGGGCUGCGCUGCUGCCGCCGCGCCUUCGCCUGGGUGCCCGUGCUGCUCAUCGCGCUGCUCCUGCUCUGGUCCUACUACGCGUACGUCUGCGAGCUCUGCCUCGUGACUGUGAGCAACCCUGUGGAGAAAGUGGCCUAUCUUGUAGUAUUCCAUAUUCUCUUUGUGCUCUUUGUGUGGACAUACUGGAAGUCUGUUUUCACUCUCCCAAUACAGCCAGGCAAAAAGUUCCACAUGUCCUACGCUGAUCAGGAGCGCUACGAGAACGAGGAGCGGCCCGAGGUGCAGCGCCAGAUCCUCGCCGAGAUCGCCAGGAAGCUGCCGGUGUACACGAGGACAGGGAACGGAGGGAUUCGGUUCUGUGACAGAUGCCAGCUGAUCAAACCUGACCGUUGUCACCACUGCUCUGUUUGUGCCAUGUGUGUGCUAAAAAUGGAUCAUCACUGUCCAUGGGUGAAUAACUGCAUUGGAUUUUCUAACUACAAAUUCUUUCUACUGUUCUUAGCCUAUUCUUUGUUGUAUUGCUUGUAUAUUGCUGCAACAGUCUUCAAGUAUUUCAUUAAGUAUUGGACAGGUGAGCUGACCAAUGCACGCUCCAAAUUCCACAUCCUUUUCCUUCUCUUUGUGGCAAUCAUGUUCUUUGUGAGCCUCAUGUUCCUGUUUGGCUACCACUGCUGGCUGGUCAGCAGGAACAGAUCCACUCUGGAGGCUUUCUCAGCUCCAGUGUUUCAAAAUGGCCCAGAUAAAAAUGGAUUCAAUCUUGGCUUUGUGAAGAACCUCCAGCAAGUGUUUGGGGAAGAAAAAAAGCUCUGGUUGCUGCCUAUUGCCUCUAGCCAGGGGGAUGGACAUUUUUUCCCCAUGAGAACCUUGAGUGAAGCUCGGAACCCUCUUCUGGCAAAUGAGGAGCAGUGGGAAGAGGAUGGAAUAGAUGAAGAGCCUCAGGGUUCUGGUGAGGCCCCAUCCCUUGCCAUAGAAAGGGAGACAUAGCAGUGUGAGCACACAGUGGUGGAAAGCUGCAUCAGAAAGCUUCUCUCUCAGGAGCCAACAUCCCUUCUCUUGGCAAGGACUUCAGUUUUGAGGGGCAGAAAACAGGUGGAUCUUCAAGAUGAGAAAACAUCCUGAAGUGUUGUCUGAUGGGAAUCUGCAUUCCAGAGUGCUUCUCCAGGAAUCCUGCUGUCCAGAUGUCCCAAGGCUUUAUAAAUUUAAGUUACAGAGUUAACAGAACAAUUUUACAGAGUGAUUGUGGCCAAUCUUUGGCCUGCUCUCUUUAUUUUAUAAAGACUAUCUAUUUUUUAUUCAGAACAGGUACAGAUGUUGAUGCGAGUGCAUUCCGAAGGCCUUUUCAUUUUGCAAACAUCAGGGACUCGAGCUCUUGAAAUUCUUCCAAGCCAUAAUAUUCUUGGGGAUGGUUAUUUAUUUUGAGGCUGAUUCUCCAACCUUCUCUGACAAGUGGCAUUUUCUCAUGUAUUUAAAUUCUGAGUGAGUUCAGCUCAAUGCAAGACAGACCCAGUUAAAUCUGGCACUAAAUUGGGAGCUGAAUGUAAAAGUGUUGAAAGCAAAAGUGCUGAACAUGCACAUGUACAUGUGCAGCUGUGAGUGAAAAUAAAAUAUUCACAUUGCCAGUAUCAAGAUUCAAGAAUAUUGUGGCCAUAGAUUUUUUAAAACAUUUUAAUGAGGGUGUUAUUUUCCUGGUGUUUGGGUUAUAGUGCUCUUGCAUCCCACUUGCAGUCUUCUAAAAUGCAAAAGGGAACUUCAGACAGUCCAGUUUGCAUUAAUUCCUAGGGUUAAAAUAUCAUCUCAUUCCUGGAUCAGUGUUUGAUGGAGAUUUGUGUGUUCAUGGAGUCAGAAAGGAAGAUGGGAAUUUGAAAUAUGCACUGAAAGUUUGGCUCCAAGAGUCAUGUUUGGAGUUUCACUCCACAGGGGUGGCUUUAGCCCCAAAAUGCUGAAGACACAACUGAUAUAUUGAAUUUUUUCAGACUUCUUCCCAGCUCAGUGCACUGAGUGGCUUCAGGGGUUUCUGCACUAAGAGGUGAUCAGAUUUGUUUCUGCAUUUUGCUGCAUUUACAGUCAAAGAGGUGAAUCCCUGUUUCUGUUCUGGGGCAUGGAACUGAGACUUGGCUGGCUAGAUUAUGGAUAUUUUUCUAGACCUGAGUCCUUUUUUUUAAAAUCUGCAUGAUUCAGCCCAGUCCAUCAUUCUUGUUUGAAUUAGGUGCAUGCUAAAAGUAUUGGUGUACUGCCUCUAAGAUCAUUUAGUACCAUUUUCUAUCCCAUUUUUGUGUUUGUUAUCAGCCCACUGGUGUUGGCAGUGACUACAGGAGCAGCUGUGCAUGACAGGAGAAAGGAGCUGAUGAGUGAGGUUGGUGAUGGAGGCUUUGCCUACAGAAUAAACCCCUUUUUCCUCUGUUCCUCUGCUGCAGGGAUGUGUUUGUGAGCCAGGAGAGCCUUGCAGAGGUUCCUUCCUUAAGAGAAGGUGUUUCACUCCUGCCUGAUCCGUGCCCUGCGAUGGAAUUUUGUCCCUCAGCCUCUGCAGUGUGUGUGGAGCAGUGCUGACCUCCCUGGGAUGUGUCACUGCUGAAUUUGGUUGUGAGGGGCCCAGGUGGGCUGGCCCAGGCUCCUGUGGGUUUGUCUCUCCUCAGGGGGGCCCUGAACACUGAAAAUGUUCCUAUUCAGCCACCUGAGCCCCAUCUGUUGAGUGGCCCUGUCACCAAACGACUGCUGAGUGCUGGAAGGGUUUUCCCUGUCAAUCUAAAGCUGCAUUUCUGAUGUAAAUCUGGUGUUGGACCUUGUGCUGUGUGUGAUGCAAGGUGGCAGCUGAAUUAAUCCCCUCAUUCCUGGCAAAAUGUGCUCUGGAGGGGGAGCUUGAGAGGAUGAUGGCAGCUAAACACAGCCAGAAUGUAGCACCUACAGAGGUGCUAUUUGUGCCUUUAAAAACUUGAAAUUCUUUGUAUAUAAAACCAGGAAGGUGAUUUGGUGACUUUGUUUCAUCCUGCCAGCUGAAGUGUAUUUUCCCAGAGCUUGUGUGGAUUUACAGGAGUUUUCUGAGCAGGCUCUUGUGCCCUUCCUGGCUUUGGCUCUGGUUCCAGCCCUGCCAUUGUUUGAGUUGUUUCUGUGCCAGGCAGGAACAGGGAGCUGUGCAGGAGCUCCUCUGUCUGCUCCUGCUGCUGCUCUGAAAAUCAGGGUUUGUCUUCUCAUACUAAGGCAGAUAUCUUUGUGAUGGCACAGGUACCAAGCUCAGAUUGAGAAAGGGUUUUAAAUGUUUCCAAGGAACUUUUAUUCACUUUUCUUGUAAUUAAUUGUGGUCAUCUCUUCCCUUUCCUUCAAAGCAGCUCAGCCUCCCAUGGUUGGAACAAACUCUUGUUAGAACAACACAAAGUUUAUCUCUUCAGAGCCACUUCUCAAUGUCCACACAUCAGGUGCUGGAAAGUUUAAUGAAAUGUGAAACAAACCCAAAAGUUGUGUAAAAUGAGGCAGAACAAAAUGGGAAAACCCACAUGUCUGAGUGAGCAGCUUCAUUUUAUUCCCUUCUGCCCACUUAAGG